GAUAUUUGAAUUUUUCGAAUCGAAUCGAAACGAACAUCGAAGCGAAGCGAAUCUAACGAAUAUUUUGCCCAGGGCUAGUUAACUAUUGGUUCGUUACUUUGCUCAGACAAGUAAAGAAAGAGCGCAUCGAAAUGGAUUUCAUCUCAUCUCUACUUGUGGGUUUAGCUCAGGUGUUGUGUGAAUCUAUGAAUAUGGCGCCAAGAAAUCAGACUGAUCUUAGACAAGCCAUCACUGAACUCGAAACAGCCAUCGGUGACUUGAAGGCCAUACGUGAUGACCUGAAUUCACGGAUCCAACAAGACGAUCUUGAGGGGAGAAGCUGCUCAAAUCGUGCCAGAGAGUGGCUUGGUGCGGUGCAAGCAACAGAGACUAAAACAGCCUACAUUUUAGUGAGGUUUAGGCGUCGGGAACAGAGGACGAGAAUGCGAAGGAGAUGCCUCGGUUGUUGCGGUUGUGCCGACUACAAACUGAGCAAGAAGGUUUCUGCGACAUUGAAGUCCAUCGGUGAGUUGAGACAACGCUCCAAAGAUAUAGAAACAGAUGGCGGGUCAAUUCAAGUGACUUGUAGGGAGAUACCCGUCAAGUGCGUAGUGGGGAUUAGCACAAUGAUGGAACAGGUUUUGGAAUUUCGCAGUGAAGAAGAAGAAAGAGGAAUCAUCGGGGUUUAUGGACCUGGUGGCGUUGGGAAGACAACGUUAAUGCAGAGCAUUAACAACGAGCUGAUCACAAAAGGCCAUCAGUAUGAUAUUCUGAUAUGGGUUACAAUGUCUAGGGAAUUCGGCGAGUGUACAAUUCAGCAAGCUGUUGGAGCCCAAUUGGGUUUAUCCUGGGGCGAGAACGAGACCGGGGAACAAAGAGCUUUGAAGAUAUUCAGAGCUUUAAAAGAGAAAAGGUUCUUGUUGUUGCUUGAUGAUGCCUGGGAAGAGAUAGACUUGCAGAAAACUGGAGUUCCUCGACCUAGCAGGGAUAACAAAUGCAAGCUGAUGUUCACAACACGGUCUAUGGCAUUAUGCAGCGUUAUGGGUGCAGAUUGCAAGUUGAGAGUGGACUUUCUGGAGAAGCAAUACGCGUGGGAGCUCUUCUGUGAUAAAGUUGGGAGAAAAGAUCUCUUGGGGUCACCAACGAUUCGCCGGCUCGCUGAGAUUGUAGUGAGUAAAUGUGGAGGAUUGCCACUGGCAUUGAUUACUUUAGGAGGAGCCAUGGCUCACAGAGAGACCGAAGAAGAGUGGAUCCACGCUAGUGAAAUUCUGACUAGAUUUCCAGUAGAGAUGAAAGGUAUGAACUAUGUAUUUGCCCUUUUAAAAGCCAGCUACGAAAAUCUCGAGAGUGAUCUGCUCCGGUCUUGUUUCUUGUACUGCGCUUUGUUCCCAGAAGAACAUUAUAUAGAGAUCGAACAGCUUGUUGAGUAUUGGGUCGGAGAAGGGUUUCUCACCAGCUCCCGGGGCAUUAACACCAUUUUCAAGGGAUAUUUUCUGAUUGGGGAUUUGAAAGCGGCGUGUUUGCUGGAAACCGGGGACGAUAAAACACAGGUGAAGAUGCAUAAUGUGGUCAGAAGUUUUGCACUGUGGAUGGCAUCUGAACAAGGGACUUAUAAGGAGCUGAUCCUAGUAGAGCCUAGCAUGGGACUUACUGAUGCCUCUAAAGCAGAAAACUGGCGACAAGCGUUGGUGAUUUCAUUGUUAGAUAACAGAAUCCAGACCUUGCCUGAAAAACCUGUAUGCCCGAAUCUGACAACACUGAUGCUCCAACGGAACAGCUAUUUGAAAAAGAUUCCAACAGGGUUUUUCAUGCAUAUGCCUUUACUCAGGGUCUUGGACUUAUCUUUCACAAGUAUCACUGAGAUUCCAUUGUCUAUUAAGUAUUUAGUGGAGUUGUAUCAUCUGUCUAUGUCAGGAACAAAGAUAAGUGUAUUGCCCCAGGAGAUUGGGAAUCUUAGAAAGCUGCAGCAUCUGGACCUACAAAGAACUCAGUUUCUCUAGACGAUCCCAAGAGAUGCCAUAUGUUGGCUGAGCAAGCUCGAGGUUCUGAACUUGUACUACAGUUAUGCGAGUUAGGAAUUGCAGAGCUUUGGAGAAGAUGAAGUAGAAGAACUCGGGUUUAUGGACUUGAAAUACAUGGAAAAUCUAACGACACUCGGUAUCACUAUUCUCUCACUAGAGUCCCUAAAGACUCUCUACGAAGUUGGCACCUUGCACAAUUGCGUACAACAUCUGCACGUUGAAGAAUGCAAUGGUCUCCUCUACUUCAAUCUCCCAUCACUUGCUAACCAUGGUAGGAACUUGAGAAGACUUAGCAUAAAAAGUUGCCAUGAAUUUGAGUACCUGGUCACACCCACAGAUGAUGAAAAUGAUUGGCUUCCAAGUCUAGAGGUUUUGACGUUAAACAGCCUCCCCAAAUUAAGCAGAGUGUGGGAAAAUUCUGUAAGUCAAGAGUGUCUGCGGAAUAUCCGUUGUAUUAACAUUUCACACUGCCACAAACUGAAGAACAUAUCAUGGGUUGCGAAACUCCCAAAGAUAGAGGAGAUUGACCUGUUCAACUGCAGAGAACUAGAGGAACUGAUAAUUGAUCACGAGAAUCCAUCAGUGGAAGAUCCAGUAUUGUUCCCAUGCCUGAAGACAUUGACAAUUAGGAAUCUCCCAGAACUAAGCAGCAUCCUUCCACCUCGAUUUUCUUUCCAGAAACUAGAAACUUUAAUCAUCACAGAUUGCCUGAGAGUGAAGAAACUGCCAUUUCACGAGAGGGUCCAAACGAACUUGCCAACAAUUUACUGUGAUGAGAAAUGGUGGGAUGCACUAGAAAACGAUCAACCAUACAAAGAGCUUUGCUGCAUUCCAUGCUUCGUCCCAAAUUAAUAGAGAGCUAGGAGCACUCUGUACAUAUCAACAUCUAUAGUUAUGUACAUGAAAAUGUAAACAUUAACUAUUUUGCGAGAGAAAUGUCAAGAGCUUGAGUAGACUCUACCAACAUGUCAGCUGCCUGUCCCUUCCA